AUGGGCGCCGGUGGCAAGGGAUAUAAGGCCCCGACCCUGCAGCUGGAGAAGCUGCUGGCGCUCGGCCUCGACCAGCGCACGGCGGAGAACGCGCUUGUCAACAGCAAGGUCACCGCCAACCUAGCCGCCAUCAUAGCCGAGGUUGGUAUCACUUGUUGUGACAAGUUAGUAGGGAAUCUCCUGUAUGCCGUUGCCACUAAAUACCCAAACAAUGCACUUGUCCAUCGUCCUGCUCUCAUCGACUAUAUUGUGUCCAUGAAGAUAAAGAACCCUGCACAGCUAGACGCUGCUCUGUCAUUUCUUACUAAUGUUGGUCCUGAUCCUUUGGAUACUGGGAAGUUUGAAGAAGCCUGUGGUGUAGGCGUGGUUGUUUCAAUUGAAGAGAUUCAUUCAACUGUCACCAAGGUUCUACAUGAAAAUAUGGAAGCUAUAUUGGAGCAGCGUUAUCAUAUAAAUGUUGGUAACCUAUGCGGACAGGUUAGGAAGAGACACCCCUGGGGUGAUGCUAAGGCGACAAAGGAGGAGAUCGAGAAAAGGCUUGCAGAGAUAUUGGGUCCAAAGACGGAAGCUGACAAUGUAAAACCAGUAAAAACAAAGAAAGGAAAACCAGCAAAACCUGAGGAGAAAAAGGUUGCAGUAGCUACUGUUGCCCCACCAUCUGAGGACCUGAAUCCAUACUCGCAUUUUCCUGAGCAGGCAGAAAACAACAAGGUUCAUACAGAAAUAUUCUUCAGCAAUGGGAACAUAUGGAGGGCACAUAACACAAAGGAGAUUUUAGAGAAACAUCUUAUGGCAACUGGUGGAAAAGUGUCGACUCGUUUCCCUCCAGAACCUAAUGGAUAUCUUCAUAUCGGUCAUGCCAAGGCUAUGUUUAUUGAUUUUGGACUGGCUGAAGAGCGGAAUGGCUAUUGUUACCUUCGGUUUGAUGACACAAACCCUGAAGCUGGAAAGAUGGAAUAUAUAGACCAUAUCCAGGAGAUAGUUCAUUGGCUGGGAUGGGAGCCCUAUAAAGUUACAUAUACAGGUGAUUAUUUUCAAGCUUUGUAUGAGCACGCAGUUGAGUUAAUACGGAAAGGGCUGGCCUAUGUAGAUCACCAGACUGCAGAACAGAUCAAGGAAGGCAGGGAAAAUAACUUGGAUAGUCCAUGGAGGGAUAGACCUAUUGAGGAGUCACUAAAGUUAUUUGAAGACAUGCGGCGUGGGUUAAUUGCUGAGGGCGCAGCAACUCUGCGAAUGAAGCAGGACAUGCAGAAUGAUACCAGAAACAUGUACGACUUGAUUGCAUACAGAAUAAAAUUCACCCCCCAUCCACAUGCUGGUGACAAAUGGUGUAUAUAUCCAAGCUACGAUUAUGCCCAUUGCAUGGUGGAUUCACUUGAAAACAUUACUCAUUCGCUGUGCACGCUUGAGUUUGACAUACGACGUCCGUCGUACUACUGGGUACUUGUUUUUUUAGGCCUUGCGGCGCCGCCAUAUGUUUGGGAGUAUUCAAGGCUGAACAUAUCACAUAAUGUUAUGUCUAAAAGAGAGUUGAAUCGGCUUGUGACAGAGAAGUGGGUAGAUGGGUGGGAUGAUCCUCGUUUGUUAACACUGGCAGGACUGCGGCGACGGGGAGUGUCAGCAGCUGCAAUUAAUUCAUUUAUCCGUGGAAUGGGGAUAACAAGAAGUGACAAUAGCUUAAUUCCUUUCGAACGUCUUGAAUAUCACAUCAGAGAAGAACUUAACAAAACAGCUUCUCGAGCCAUGGUUGUUCUGCAUCCUCUAAAGGUUGUAAUAACAAACUUGGAAGAUGGAGAAGUCAUAGACCUUGAUGGAAAGAAGUGGCCUGAUGCUCCAGCUGAUGAAGCUUCGUCCUACUACAAGGUUCCGUUCUCAAGAAUUGUCUACAUUGAAAAAACUGAUUUUCGCCUCGAGGACUCGAAAGACUAUUAUGGGCUAGCUCCUGGUAAAUCCGCCCUGCUAAGGUAUGCGUUCCCGAUAAAAUGCACAGAGGUUAUUCAUGGCGAUAAUCCAGAUGAGAUUGUUGAGAUUCGAGCUGAGUAUGACCCCUCAAAGACCUCUAAACCUAAGGGUGUUGUGCACUGGGUUGCCGAGCCAUUAAAGGUGGAAAUAAGACUGUUUGAGAAGCUGUUCUUAUCAGAGGUAUAG